GUAGCUCCACCUCCUGGGACGAAGGACAGCAUCCUGCGCGGCGCCAGCUUAGUGGGGAAAGGAUUGGGGAAGGAUAUAUAAAGAGACGAGCAGCGGAGGAAGGCAUAUCAGCUUCUCUCCAGUGCUGGGAAAGAGCAGGUGCACCAUGCGGUCCUUCAUAGCUAUAACUUUCGUGGCGGCGCUGAGUGUAGCUUCGGCUGCGCCCGGAUUUUGUUGUGGAGGUGCCCAUGGCUCCUACGGCGCACAGCUUGUCGGAGUUGGCACUCUUCCCAGCAUCGGUGGAGGCGGCGUCGGAGGCACGGGGGUAUAUGGCACCCGAGGUGGCGGACACAGGAUCUCCAGAGGACCUAGUAUCGUCCAGGCUCAACUGGUCGGUGUCGGCACCCUCCCAAGCAUUGGUGGCACAGGCGGUGGAAGUUACAGCUCUCAUCGAGGUGGAUCUAGGAACUUCGGAAGAUCCAGCGGUCCUAGCAUUGUGAAGGCACAGCUGGUCGGUGUCGGCACCCUCCCAAGCACCGGCGGCACAGGCGGUAGAAGUUACAGCCAUCAUGGAAGAGGAUCUCGCGGCGGCUCCAGCAUCGUCCGCGCUCAGCUGGUCGGCGUCGGCACACUCCCAUCCCGCGGAGGUGGUGGACACGCGAUUUCAACCGGCGGGGGAUACGGGCGCCACGGAUGGUAAUGAGUGCUUUACAAUACCAAGUUUGAAUGUGUGUUUACAGUGCGAACCAUUGUAACUCAAAAAUAAAUACAAUAAAAUCCAGAAACUAA